AAGCAGCCCAGCGGAUCGACAGGCAGGGAAGCCCUCAGACAGUGAGUACAGUGUCUCCGGUGAAGACCGCCGCCCCGCUCUCUGCUGGCUCUACACCGAGGGCUGCUGCUCUAUACGGACUGAAAACGCUGAAAAACAGCAAGACAAAGCAGUAGCAUUGAUUUAUUUGUAAGGUGGGGACAUGGCUGAUGUAAGUUCAAACGAGUCGUCCACUGCGGACGUAGCCAAUAGGUUUGCUCGCAAAGGUGCUUUGAGGCAAAAAAACGUCCACGAAGUGAAGAACCACAAAUUCACUGCCCGGUUCUUCAAGCAGCCGACUUUCUGCAGCCACUGCACCGACUUCAUCUGGGGGUUCGGAAAACAAGGAUUCCAGUGCCAAGUUUGCUGCUUUGUGGUCCACAAGAGGUGCCAUGAAUUAGUCACAUUCAGCUGCCCUGGGGCAGAUAAGGGGCCCGACACAGACGAUCCCAGAACGAAGCACAAGUUCAAGAUCCACACCUAUGGGAGCCCCACCUUCUGUGACCAUUGUGGCUCCCUGCUCUAUGGACUCAUCCACCAGGGCAUGAAGUGUGACUCCUGCGAUAUGAAUGUCCAUAAUCAGUGUGUUAUGAACGUGCCCAGCAUGUGUGGAACCGAUCACACCGAAAGGAGGGGGCGUCUUUUCCUCAAGUGUGAGGUCACUGUGGAUAAGCUGCAGGUCACAGUGACUGAAGGCAAAAACAUGAUUCCAAUGGACCCCAAUGGACUGUCUGAUCCAUAUGUCAAGCUUAAGCUCAUACCAGACCCCAAAAAUUCGACCAAGCAGAAGACCAAGACCAUCCGCUCCAACCUGAAUCCCAAAUGGAACGAGACCUUUACUUUCAAGCUGAAGCCUACAGAUAAGGACCGCAGGCUGUCGGUGGAAGUGUGGGACUGGGACCGCACCACCAGGAACGACUUCAUGGGGGCCCUUUCCUUCGGCGUGUCAGAGCUCAUGAAGGCGCCAGUCUGUGGCUGGUAUAAGUUAUUGUGCCAGGAGGAGGGGGAGUACUAUAAUGUUCCCAUCUCAGAGGAGGAUGAUGGAAAUGAGGAACUCAGGGAGAAAUUUGAGAAAGCCAUGCUAGGCCCAGGUAAGAAGGUGAUCAGCGAGACAGACGACGGUAGCUCCAGCCCGCAGCCUUUCAGCAGCCUGAACGAGGUCAAACUUAGCGACUUCUCCUUCCUGGCUGUGCUCGGGAAAGGGAGCUUCGGCAAGGUCAUGCUGGCAGAAAUGAAGGCCACUGAAGAGCUGUUCGCAAUAAAGAUCCUAAAGAAAGACGUGGUGAUUCAGGACGAUGACGUGGAAUGUACCAUGGUGGAGAAGAGAGUCCUGGCCCAACAGGACAAGCCACCCUUCCUCACCCACCUCCACUCGUGCUUCCAGACUGUGGACCGUCUGUACUUUGUUAUGGAGUAUGUGAACGGUGGAGACCUGAUGUACCAUAUCCAACAAGUGGGCAAGUUCAAGGAACCUCAGGCAGUGUUCUAUGCAGCAGAGAUUGCUGCUGGUCUCUUCUUCCUGCAUCUUAAAGGAGUCAUAUACAGAGAUCUGAAGUUGGACAAUGUGAUGCUGGACUCCGAGGGACACAUUAAAAUUGCUGACUUUGGCAUGUGUAAAGAGAACAUGUUAGAAGGAGUGACCACACGCACCUUCUGCGGCACUCCAGACUACAUUGCUCCAGAGAUCAUUGCAUACCAGCCAUAUGGACGCUCUGUAGACUGGUGGGCUUAUGGAGUCCUGCUCUAUGAAAUGCUGGCAGGACAACCUCCAUUUGAUGGCGAGGAUGAAGAUGAGUUGUUCCAGUCCAUUAUGGAGCACAAUGUGUCCUACCCCAAGUCUAUGUCCAAAGAAGCUGUCUCCAUCUGCAAAGGACUGAUGACCAAGCACCCAUCCAAGCGUUUGGGCUGCGGCACUGAAGGAGAGAGGGACAUCAGAGAACACGCCUUUUUCCGACGCAUCGACUGGGAACGCCUUGAGAACAGGGAGAUUCAGCCGCCCUUCAAGCCAAAAGUGUGUGGCAAAGGAGCAGAGAACUUUGACAAGUUCUUCACACGCACCCAGCCCCAGCUCACACCACCGGAUGAGCUGGUUAUCGCCAACAUUGACCAGGUCGAGUUUGCUGGGUUCUCUUUCAUCAACCCGCAGUUUGUACACCCGGUGGUCAACCACAGCAUAUGAGAAGGAUGGGGAAGCCUCCCUGAAGAACUUCCCUAAUCACUGCCACCUACAUAAAGCAACUGCCAAUAUACCGUUUGACCACAACUUGAUCAAGGCCCUCUGUACUCCUUUAUGUAUUACUUUUAUUUGUAAGCAUCACUCUGGGGCAUGCAUUUGUGUUCUCUACAAUAUAAAUGCCAGUAUAGAUUAGAUUGGUUGUUAUCCAUCAAAAAAUAUAUAUAUUUACUUGAGGUUAGUGAGGAGCAUGUACUGUAGACAAGGUUGUCUUUCUCUACAGCUGCAAUCUGUAUUGAAGUUUACCCAAACUGGAGACAGAAGGGUGUCUGGCUUCAUUUAUCUAUGCCAGUAUAUGAUGAAAUUUAGAGGUGAUAUUAGACUUGGGCUAAAAUAGCACUAGAUAGCAUUUUUAGGCAUGGAUUCAUUACUGGAUUUAAUCUGGAAAGGAUUUAGAUGCUUACAAACCUUAAUGGAUGACAGUAUGGUCUACAGAUCAAGUGGCUUGGUCACGGUUUAGUUCCAUAUGGAUAAGUAUCACAAUAUAGACACAAUGUAAGUACCCGAAAUACACUCACAUAACGCAGUGCAGACACUAUAGCCAAAUAUGAAGGACAGGUGGAGCUGGCGUUGAAAGAGCUCCUCGAGAUUCAAUGUUUCCUGUAUCGUGUUUACAGUUUUCUUCCCCUUUUGAUUUUCUGGUGAUAGUAUACGUUUAUAUUUUACUACAAUUAGAUUUUUAGCCAGUCUCAACUCCAAGUGGGCAUAGCAAAUCAGCUAAAGAAAUGAAUUGUUGAGUAAUUAGAUAAUAUGCAGCCUGUAAAAUAAUGAAUUAUGUGAGACACAUGGGUAUGAAGGUGUGUCAGGCUUUUUUGUUAUUUUAAGCUUCUUAGCUUAUCCUCCAUUUACCUCCUUUUUAAAAUUACCAGUUAAUUGUUUUGCCCUUACUUUAGCUGCAAAUUGUAUACUUAUAUUGUCAAUCAUUUUGUGGACACUAUGUGGACACACAAUAAUCUGUUUAGUUUGCGGGCGGUGGUAGAAUAUUAAUAUAAAAUAGGAGAAAAAAAUCAAACCUGAAACGUUUACAGUUGUUCUUGAUUCAACACUAUUCAGCGUUAACCACUGUCUCUAUCCCAUAACUACAAAGCCUCCCAUUGGUCUUAAAUGUCCAAACAAAAAUAGUUAAGACAUGUCCCUAACUGUUAAUUGUUUGUAGAAUAAAACAUAUCACUGUGUGCUACUCAUCUAAUGUUAUAUUGCAUACAGUCUCAUGCUUUCAAGCAUAGAUAAAACACAUUUUUAUUUUUUAGAUAUAGAAGAUGCAAAUGUAUUGGAACAUUUCCUCUGACAAUGCUUUGUUGUCCUGAGAACAGACACAAUCUUCAUUUGAUUCAAAAGUUACAUUUUUUGCAUCCUUUAAUGAUUUACUCUUCUCUUCUUUUGUGAUCUCAUACAUAUUUUCCCAUUAGAUCAGAUUAAAAUUUGAAUGUCUCCACUAUCCUUGCAUAACUCCUUUGUAAAUAAUCAUUAGUUAUUUAACAGAGUAUAGAAAGUUACAGUUUUUAUACCAACACCCGAAUGUGCUUUUAUUACAUUAGUUAUAUAAACCAAUAUUUGUAUAUGUUAAAAAAAAAAAAGCAACCCAGUACAGAUCAACUUUGUAACAGCUGGAUGUCUUUAAAAGAUUCCAGAUUUAACAAGUUGUGAAAUUGAUCAGUUCUACUUACAGAUCUAUAGAUUAAUAAAAACGUACAUUUUAUUUAUUCAUAUUCAAUGAUUUUGACUGCAAAUUGUCUGUUUGUUGGAUGCGUGUCUGAGCGUUGACUGUCCUUCUGUAUCUGCAUGCUCUUGGUAGGCAUUAUUCACGCACGUUAUCUGCUAUACAGUACAACCCCAAAGUAAUGCUCCACUCAAAACCUUUACAAGUAAACUCGCAAAAAAGAAAUUGAUGGUUAAGCCUAUGGGAGGUGAAAUUUUGAAAAACCACAACAUAGAUUUUAGGUGAUGUAAUACUGGUUUCAAAGCUACAGAUGUGGCCAAUACAAACCACAGUCAGGUACCUUGAUAGUGCUGAUCUUAGACCAGCGAGAAUUAAUAACAGGUGAAUGCAGUAGCUUGUAACUACACUGCAGACCAUUCACGCGUCAAGUUUUAAUAACAAAAUCUUGCAGCAAUUCUAUAACACCUACAAAUCGGGUUCAGGAACAACAGUGAUUUUUUCGAAAAAUAACACAGAUUGCUAGAGAAGAUAGAGGUGACUUUUAUGAAAGAUUAUCGAUCUCCGUAAAUAGAUACCAAUACUUAAAUCUAUUUUUAAAAGACUUCCCUGAAACAUAGUCCUUGAUUCUAGAUAGAUCGUUUUUUUUCUGUGGAAUCUUGAUGUAUGUAUAUUUUUAUGGCCCCUUUUUCUUUUUACCUUUACCUUUCUUUGGGCGAUGUAGAACACUGAAUCCAGAUCUGGCCGAGUUGUGACUCAGACUCACAACUCGUUGCUAAACCAGUGAAUCCACUCGCGCUUUACUGUCUCAUGAAUGAGGUUUAUGUUAUAAUCUUAAUGUUGUGUUGAUGUCUCUUUCUUAAAUGUCUUUCAUUUUGCUUUUAAUGUUUGUUGUUGCUGUCAGUGUUGUCAAUUUUGUUUCUCUAGCUUCUGCUCAGAAAUUCAGGAAUGUUAAAAGGAAUUAUCACAUUAUAAAACACAUAUCUGACUGCUAUAGAUAGGAACUGUUCAAGCGUUUGUAAUAGUUUCUCCAUGUUUUUCUAUGAGUUGUGCUCUCCUACCUUGUUUCCUAGAGUAUAUAACCUUUUUGCAUGUGCCAAACCUGGAAAAUGCCAGAACCCGAUAAUAGCAGCAUUGCACUAGCUGUAGUCACAUGGAUGACUUCUUCUUUGUGGCAGCUUCUCCCUGUUUGGGCUGAGACCUGCCUAAAGCCACUCCUGCUGUACACUCUGUUGGCCACACAUCAUAUAGCAUGCUGCCAUGAGUGCACAUUGUGUCAGUACGCUUUACAAUGCCAGUCAGUUUGAUAAAGGACUUAUCAUACACGGUAGUAGGUUUUACUUCCUCUCUAGCCUUGGGCAGAAUUUUGUCUGGAAAACAUUUGAACUUGUGGAGCAUUUGAUUUAACAUCUACCGUGAAUUUCACAGGUGUGAGAGGAAAUUUACCUUGUACAUACAGACACAUCCUUGCCUGAGCCUAACUUGCACCUCUGACGUAAUACACCCAUCCCUUUAAUAGAAUCUCUGAUUACUUGCUUCCUAAACUUCAUUGUUUAAUGUAUAAAAAAGUCACAGUCAGUGUGGGCAUGAAACAAAGACUACUUACUUUCCCCCUUGUGUGCCUUUCCCAACUUCAACAGAUAUACUGUACAUCAUCUUCAUCAUCCUCGCUCUGAGCUAAACUCUCCACUGUUUACUCCAUACCUUUACUCCUCUUGCUGUAUUUUUAAGGAGCAUUGUUAAUUUGCUCUGUUUUUACUUUGUUUUAUUCCAUGUAAGUGUUUCAGCACAUCUCUCAAAUGAAUCAAUGUGAAUAAGUAAAAAGAGAAAGAAAAACAUUGCACGCUAUGUUUACAUAAAUGUUUCAUGAUCUGGUCUGUAAUUUUGAAUUUUAAGCACAUUUUUUUUGACUGACGCCAACAACUUUACAGCCAUAAAAAAAACUACAGCUUGACUUAUCCUCCUGUGUCUGCCUGCUUUACCUUUACCUCCCUGUGCCUAUUAAUGACUGAAUUACGUAGUGAGUUAAUUCAUAUACUGUAUGUAUUGACAAUAUCAAAGGUUGAUCAUUGGGAGUGAUGGAACAAUGAACAGGUGACUGAUGGGGUUUAGUUAAAUGAACGAAAUGAUAGAUGAUGAUGGCUUGUUUAAAGGAUGACCCCUGUGCCUCGUCAUAUUUAAACCGACCCCUUCCUUGUCGUUUCUUGUACGCCCUCUUUCUCUUUACUUGUUCCUCCUUCCACAGUGCCUGGGCCAAGUCAACCCGUCAUAUUAUCGACCGUUUGCUCCUCCUUUCACCCUUUAAAUCCCUUCAGGUCAGGAAAGUAGUUGCUUUGUCUUGUUCUAUUCACUGUAAACAUCAAUAUCACCAUUUCUGCACUCUAAUGGGAAAGGAAUUAGCCAAAUGUGUUUUACAUUGUAUUUGAUGUCCUCACCUUUUUGUUUUUAUUUGAAUUGAUUAGGAUUGGCAGAAAAUAAUUAACUUUCCGAUAUAUGUUUUUAAGACAGAGGAUUUUUCUUUUUAAUUUGCCUUUUCUUACUACUCUCCUUUUAGGUACAUGUUUCCUUCAAAUGUCUUGCUUUUUUGUAGUUUGUCAUUACUCCAUUGUCUCCUGUUUGCGAUGUAAUCAGAGAGUUGAGGUGAACUUUCAUCUUUUUGGAUUUACAGAGGAUCAGUGAUGUGCAAGAACGCCUUUUCCCUUAGCCCAUGCAGUAACAUGGCCUCUAAUUCUCCUCUUGUGGUUCAUUAGGUAUCUCAGCACCCCUGUCUUUGUACAUAAUUGACUUACAGUAGAUAUCAACAUAGACUGUAAAAGAAAGAAUAUAUUGUAUUUUGCAAAUGGUGUGUGUCUGUUUCCCUCCCUGUUAGCCUGAUACCUUUAAAACUGAGUCUGAGCUUCUUACCUUGUAAUUGAAUGUGUCAUUUGUACCUAAUGUAUGAUAAUGCAAAUAAAAAAAGGAAAAUGAA